GCGCCGCAAUUCGUCAUGCGAUUAACAGCAAUAUCUAUAUUUGUCUUAUUUUUGGGCAAUUCAAUAGCUGAUAGCAAUUUUGACAAUUGUAAAGUCCAAAAAUCGCAACAAAAUGAUCCACAAGUCACAGCUCUUAUUUUAGCUCGAGGCGGAUCGAAGGGAAUUCCCUUGAAAAAUAUCGCUCGCAUUGGAAAUCAAACGUUAAUGGGACGCACUCUCGACACAAUCAAUCUUUUUGGCAGAUUCAACGACGUCUGGGUCUCGACAGAUCACGCUUUAAUAGCGGAUGUUGCGAAAAAACAUUGUGCAAAAGUGUUUAAACGAUCGCCCGAAUUUGCCAAAGACGAAACCGCAUCAAUCGUGUCUGUGCAAGAAUUCAUAAAUCAGACAUUCACAUCGCCCAUUGUCGCAUUAAUUCAAGUCACUUCGCCGUUUUUGCGUGAGAAAUAUCUUGCGAAAGCCUUUGAUGUGAUACAAAAUGGGAAACAUUGCGUUUUUACCGUUACUCGAAGUCAUAAGCUUCGAUGGGCUCAAACUAAUGGCAGAAUAUUGCCGUUAAAUUUUGAUCCGGAGAAACGUCCUCGACGACAAGAUUGGUCUGGAGAACUCGUGGAGAAUGGAAUGUUUUAUAUGGCGUCGAAAGAUCUCUUGAUCGAAGGGAAAUUUCAAGACGAGGAUUGUGGUAUAGUUGAAGUUGAUAAGAAAGAUUCAAUUGACAUUGAUACUCCGGAGGAUUUGAAGUUAGUAGAAUUUUUGUUAGCUAUGCAAGAGUAGGGACUUACCUUCUUUGGAGGAGCUUCGUAUGGUUCGUCAGUGCUUUCACUGAAAAAU